AUGGAUCGUUCCCGCCCCCGGAGUCGCAAACUUGUGACUUAUGGCAACACUAAAAAAGAUCGGCUUGACGCCUACGCGCACCCCCCGACAAGCAAAACUUCACCUCAGAUCGUGUCGCCAAGCUCGCCUCGCCAAUCUCGAACUUUGAAUUCCAAACGAGAUAGCAGAAAUAGCGAAAAACAGCUGGCAAGUCCUCAACGAGCAACUGCAGCUGGUACCGUGGCCCGAACGCGAUCCACCGCCGAAGACAAUGUAUACGACUUUCCGUCCUCUGAUGAUGAGGAUGAAGCAUGGGUUGUUCAGCGGAAGCGAAGGAGAUAUAGUUCUGAUCGGAACAUGGCUUCCAACGAUUCUCGACAACGCCCCGCAGCCAGGUCGUCUACGGAAACCCGUGAUGUUUUCAACCUGGAAACAGCCGCAAAUGAGCCCAGAACUGGGGAUCGCUUACCGCGGGCCAAUGGAUCGGAAAUCCACAAGCGGCCAUUGACACAAAGAUCGAGUCCCAUCAAAUUAAGAGCAACCACAAAUCUUGGCAGGUCCCGGAAGCCUCAUUUCGAGAAGGCUGACCUACCUGUGCCCGAUGAAAGUGAUCCUAUAAAACGCUCGUCGAUUGAAGAAGAUGUUCUCUGGCCUCAUGGAUCCGGAAAUUUGCAGGCACCCUCGAGCUCUCAACAGGGCCUAUGCGCCUCGAUCGAGAACACUACUCCAGGUCGGAGAAGAUUGAUAGACUCUUUGGGUACAAAAGAACAGCCCUCCAGAGAAUCGUCACCGACGGGAUCAGCCAAUAGUCAAUCAUCUCCAAGUCUAGCUCGUCACAGCUUCGCUAAGUUUCCCGACUUUGUGCUCCCAAGUGUGCCAGUGACAGAGAGCCAAGAGGAGAGUCACAACCAAGAUUCUAGUGGCCCAUUAUCAUCCCAUCUUCGAGGUUCCAAGGUCACAUAUGCACGCCAGCGCUCUUUCCUGGAUGAUCUUUCCCUGGCAGAUGACCUUUCAGUUGGGCUGGGAUCCCACGACCUGUCGGCCCAGCAACCCUUGGGACAUGAAAACACCUCUCACUCUCGUUUGAUCACGACAGAGGAUGAUGUCAAUGAUGAUGGAGCUGUUCGAAGCAUUCACGAACUUCGACAGGCCGGGGGCAAUGCCCGCUACCGGGCCGCCGUCGAAUCGAUAUUCGAAGACAUCGAAGAUACGCAUAGUUCGGUGUCGGGCCGGUGCAAUGCGUUUGUCCAGCUUUGUCGCAAACUCUUAGACCCGUCAUUGAGAUACCGAUUUGUUGAAUGCGGCUUUGACAAAAGGCUUGUGGACUGUCUUUCCAAUGAGCUUGACCUCGUCUCUACUGCCCUUGCCUUCUCUGUGUAUAGCCUGGGUGCUUUAGGGGAGCCCCUGCCAUAUGUUCUUGCGACCGCCGCAUGGCCGAAACUUUUGGAUAUAUCAACACUCUUGCUGGACUUUCAAGAUGAUCUUUCUGUCGUGGCUCGAGCUCAAACAAAUGGCCUAUCUCGGUUCGCACAAACAUCGGUGCAAAGCAUUGUCCCACAGAUUUCGUCUACACUGUUCCAUGAACAUCCACAAUCGAGGCUCUCUCCCUGCAUUUUAGCACUGCGAUGCUUGAAAUUGACACUGUCAACACUUCAAGCGAAGGGUACGAGCCCUAGCGGUCUUCCUGCGUCUCUGUUGAGCCGGCUGGUCAGUCUUUUGCAGUCCGAAAGCUCCAACUGUAAUGCGCCCAACGGACUUUCACCGGAGAGGUCUCAGCUCUUGACCUUGGGAUUGUCGAUUUUGGAGGCACACACUGCCUCCAUAGACUCCCUCCCGGAAGGAAACCAGGAGAUUCUUUGCCAACUUCCCGGUCUACAUGGCUUGCUUGAUUCAAAGAGCGAAGACCCUUCGGGCGAUAUCAGUUCACAGGUCCAAACACUCUAUGUCCGAGUGGUUUUGAAUGUGACCAACAGUAGCCCGUCACUUUGUGAUGCAUUUGCGACCUCCGGGGUGGUUGAGGGAUUGGUGGACAUUGUCACGACAAAUUUCGGUGAUUUGACCGAGGACGUACUUGUCCAAAAGGACAAGUCGUUGGACAGUGUAAUACUGGCACUCGGUGCUCUCAUCAACCUGACAGAGCAGAGUGACGUCUCUCGAGGUAUGUUUCUUUAUCCUCUCUCCCUCGGUCAGUCCUUUCUGGACAGGCUUCUGCACCUUUUCCUUGCCCAUGUGGAUUCGAUUGCCAAGGCCCAUUCGGUCGAGGAAGUUCAUCACAAUGUCGCUGUGGGAUACUUGGCUGUGCUUCUCCUGGCCCUUUGUUUACACCACGAGACCCGUCUGCAAUUCAAGAGGUCUAUGCACCCAGAUGCACUGGCGGCCAUUCUUACCACCGUGGACGAAUUCUUGCAAUAUCACCGGAAGAUUGAACAGGAGUUGCACCCUUUCCAAGCGACCGGGGAGUCCAGUGGGUUUCUGAACCGACUGCAGGCCCUCAUUGUUCGAAUCAAAGAGACCGAGAUGUGA